AUGGAGCUCUCGCCUGGAGGUACGCAGAAGACUGGAGCACGCGCUGCGGCGCCGCUGGAGGCCGCCCGCGGGGCGCUCAUGGCGGCGCACGCGGCCGCGGGCCUGGCCGUCGCCGAUGGGCGGCGUUCCGCCGCGCGGUUUCUCCGCGCGACCGAGGGCCUCCUUCGCACAGCAGUGGCAGAGCUGCACGUGCCGCCUGGCGCUCCGUCGCCUGCGGGCGCGACGGCCUCCGCGGAGGCGACUCGGAGGCGCCGCCGACCGCACGGCCGCGGCGGAGCGGGAGCAGGCGUGGCGCAGGAGCAGCCCGACGCCCUGAUGCUGACGGAGAUGGGCACGGUGGUGGGGUCGGAUGGCGCGGCGGCUGCGGCGGAGGCGGCGGCCGACGUCCAGUCGAUGCUGGAGGCUCGCGCGGAAGUAAAAGGCAAGGGCACGGGCAAGGGCGGCGAGCUCGGCGACAAGAACAAGCAUGACCACCUCGAGGUGUGGCAGCUGAGAAAGCUCGUCAUCCGCCUGCGGGAGUGCGCGGGUUUGCCCCGACCCGCAUCCGAGGUGCCUUUCGACCACGGCGUGCUGGUCGCAAUGGCCGCCGAGCUCGAGGAGCUUGCGGCCGUGUCCGACGGCACGCGCGGCGGGGGCAGCGGAGCGGGCGAUGGCGGCAUGGCCCCAGAUGGCGCCGAUGUCGGCUUCCCAGGAUGGGCGCAAUUGGAAGGAAGCCUCGAGCGCGGCUCGACGCGGCUCGCUUCCAGGAUGGGCGCGUUGGGUGGCCUCGAGCACCGCUCGACGCGGUGUCACCCAGAGUUCUCUGGACAGUUCCGGGACGCCGUCAGGACGAACUUGAGCCCACGCCGCGACUGGGAGGAGAGCCGCGCGCGCUUCCGCGAGCUGGACAAGGCGCAGGCCGACCUAAGGCGCGAGCGGAAGAAGUGCGAGGAUGCCAUCGAGGCGUCGAGGCGGCACAACCUGGCGAGGCAGCGGGCGGAGGAGAGGCUGCGCCAGGCCCGCCGCGCCCUCGCCGCGGCGACCGCAGGCGACGAUCCAGCGCCAGAGUGGCUGCAGCAGUUGGUGCUGGUGCUGAGCCAGGAUCUGGACGACGAGGCCGACGCGUUGCCGUUCUCUGCGAUGUCCAGCGAGGCGGUCAACAUGCCGAUCUCAGAUCGUGUCGACGCUUUCGCGGUCUCGGCCAGCACACCGGAGGAGUUUUUCGAUCUCGGUCAGCAAGUGCUUCUGGAGGCCGGAGGCACCUCGGCCCCGGAGAGUCGGCGCGACUCGAUCGCGUCGGACGCUACCCCGGAGCUCCCGCCCGACCUGCAGGGGAAGUUCUACCAGGCGGCCACCGCGGGCUCCUCGGUGGCCACCUCGGCGGCGUGCGCUGGCGAGGAGCCACCCCUGGAGGAACCAGCGCCGGAGCCCCUGGAGCUGGACGUGCAGCCGUGGCGCGCCACGACCAUGCGGAGCCCUUCCGCGCUCGCCGAGGGCCACUACGAGAGCCUCAUGGCCGCGGCGGGGCGCUCGCCCGCCUGGCAGCCCGACUCGGACGCCUGCCAGUGCUGCAAGGGCAGGCGUCGCGCCCCCUUCUCCGCCCUGGCCCUGCGCAGCGCCGCGGCCCUCGCGAGUGCCCUCGCGAGGGAGCCCGGCUCUCACGGUCGCAGCUGCCGUGAUCUGCCGCUUCCCACGCUGCCCGCAUGGACAACUGGAAGCGGAUAG